AUGCGAACGGACUGGGAGGUAGGCAAAAGUGCAGUGCCAAAUGCCACCGCCCUCACUCCCAUUUGUGACUCAUCGCUUAACUCGCCAUUUUGCCACGGCAAUGUUGUGGUUGCGGAGCCAGCACCCAAUUUACUGUUACCUCUGUCAACCACUUCAGACUACAUGCUGACGAUCCCCAUCUCCAAACGACCGGACAUUCACCAGGUCGCUGCUCUCACCUUCUCCCUCCUCGACCGACCGAAUCCCGUCCCCAACGUUAAUUCGUCAGACGUGCCUGAUUGGCUGGAUCUGCCACUGCCUCGCUCCGAGUCCGACCGCACUGCGCCAACAGCUCGACACACCGCGGCCGAGGGAACUAGCGUCUCCUCGGCAGCAAAAUCGGUGGGUCUGGCGAGCCCCCCUCAGGCCGCUGUUUCAGAAGCCCCACAGCACCACACCACGACCACAUCGCCGUGCAUCGCUCGGCAGCGUCCACGGGCCUCGCAGACGUGUGGACGCGAUUCCACGGGCGUCGUUCCAGCGCUUGCAAAACCGCCCAGUGUGCAGCGCUCCUCCCAGGAGCCCUCCAAAUCUCCUUCCCACGUAAGGUCUCAUCUGUGCUAUUUACAGUCGGCAAAACGACCACCCUCAUCCCUCAUUGGUCGAGAGCAAGGGAGCUUCUCAAUUGUAUUUUAUCUUUAA